AUGGCGUACAUUACGCGUUGCGUCCGCGCUCAGAUGGAGGGAAAUGAUGAUCAGCCUCCGCCGCCUCAGCCUCAGCCGCCACAGCCUCAGCCGCAGCCGCCCAUACUUCCCCUUGUGAGACCGCCGCUGCCCCCCGCCCGGAAGUUCUCGGAGGACGACGAGCAGGCGGAGUGCUCCAUUUGCCUGGAGGAGUUCGAGGCAGGCGUGGACGUCCGGAGGCUGGGUUCAUGUGGGCACCUCUUCCACUUGAUCUGCAUAGAUCAGUGGCUUGAAGGUCAAGCAACUUGCCCAUUGUGCAGAGGGAGUGUGGUUUGA